GACAAUUUGACAGAUGACAGUUUCAACCAACACCCUAACAUCUGAUAGUCGGAAAAGAAAACACAGUUUUCAAGUGAAAAUUAUUCAAAAAUGACUGCGCCCAUCGCCGAAAGAUCGGACUGCAUAUUCUGUAAUAUAGUUAACAAAUUCGAAAAUACACAGAUACUGUACGAAGAUGAUGAUAUUUGCGUUUUUCCGGACAUAAAACCCGCGAGCAAGUUGCACCUUUUAAUUAUACCUAAAAGGCAUAUUGAGGACGUGAAAUGCUUAACGCCUGCUGAUAAGGAGUUAGUGAACAAAAUAUUAUUGGUAGCUCAUGAACAACUGUCUAAAAAUAAUCUAUCAUUGGACGAUGCCCGGUUAGGAUACCAUUGGCCGCCAUUCCGCAGCGUGAAACAUCUUCAUCUACACGCCAUAGCGCCCGCCUCAGAAAUGGGCUUCAUUUCGCGGCUUAUUUUCAGAAAGGACUCAUAUUGGUUUGUUUCUCCGGACUACGUCGCUUCGAUGCUUUGAUGGUGCCCUUCCAAACUAUAGUACAAUUUAAUUCCAGCUAGUGAUGAUUUACCUCUUAAAUUCAUGAUAAUAUAAUUUAUUUAGUAACAAUUUCAAAAAUAUUACGCCUACUAAAGGUAAGCGUCCACAGGUCCACAUCGUACGCAUCGCACGCAACGAAUUUUAGUUUGUCUUGUAGAGAAACUCAUACAACUGCGUCCACCGAUCCGCAUCGUACGGACCGCAUCAUCGGCAAUCCAAUCGCUGUCGACACAGUGGACGCAGUCAAUCCGUUUGAUGCGAUCUGUACGAUGCUUACAAUGCGGAUCCGUGGACGCUUACCAUAAACCUAAUUUCUUAAUUAAUAUUAUUAUGUCAUGUGUUUGCCGGGAAACGCAAGUAGUACGAAAAUUUACCUUAUUACUGGGUACUAAGGUGCAAUGUCGAAAUGUUACCAUUUAGAUAAAAUUCUAGAACAAUCAUUCCAUUUAGUCGAUUUUUAAGAAGCGCCAAUCUUUACGAUAAUAUUUUAGUAUUAAUAAGUUCUUCAAAUGUUUUCCUUGCCCAUAGUUUUAAAUUGACUUUGUUUUGUAAAUAUCGUUUCAUGUGUUAUAUUUAAUUAUUGUAUUUAUUUGAUUAGCGGGUAUGUAAUAAAGGGGUUUGCCGUUACGUUGAA